CUGACAGCAGGCUGACCGGAGACCGUCGCUGCUGCCGCCGCCGCCGCUUCCGCCACCAGCUUCCACUCCACGUUGUGAGUCCGGAUACAAAGCGACACCAGGACGGGACUUAAUUUCUGUCACGGGAAACAAAAACAACACAAACAAAGUGUUUUCUUGGAGGCUUUUUUUUUGGACACGCUGACCGCCGAGCUUCCUCCUCCUCCUCCUCCUCCUCCGGUGCUGAACGGACUGUCGGUGAAGUGAGACUCCGACUGAGAGGCCGACAGCUGAGAGACGUUUGACUGCAUGAAGAGGCCGAGUGACGGGACCCUGGUCCUCACCUAGACCCCUCCCACGACCCCCCCACUGCCUGGACAUGAGGUUGUUCCGAUCGUUUGCAAACGACGACCGCCAUGUCAUGGCCAAGCACGCCAGCAUCUAUCCGGCGCCGGAGGAGCUGGAGGCGGUGCAGACGCUGGUGUCCACCGUGGAGGGAGCCCUCAAGAAAGUCUCUGAUUGGAUGGAUGGCCUCAACAAAUCCUCAGGGAAGACCCCCACCAAUAAAGAGGCUGGGGACAAGACGGAGGACGACGCUGCUGAGACAAAGCCCGACAGUACUUCAGUGCUGUGCGGGGUGACCCGCGUCGGUCUGGUCGCCAAAGGCCUGCUGAUCAAAGGGGACAUGGACCUGGAGCUGGUGCUGAUGUGCAGGGAGAAACCCACCAAGCUGCUGCUGUACACCAUCAGCGCCAACCUGCCCCUGCAGAUCCAGACAAUGACGGAGGACAAAUACGAGGUGCAGUCGUGCGUGCCUGAGGCAGCCAUCCGGGUCUGCAGCACCAAAGACCCCCGACUCACUCUGAAGAUCACCCUCUCCUCCUUAACCAUGAGGGAGGAGCACGGCACCACAGAAGAAGAGGAGGGCCAUCAGGACGACAGCAAGGGGAGGCAGGAGGAGAAGGAGGAGGAGGAUGUCCUGGACAGGAAGAAGUGCCAGGCUGCGCUGGCUUCGCUCCGACACGCCAAAUGGUUCCAGGCCAGAGUCACAGAUCUCAAGUCUUGCGUCAUCAUCUUGAGGAUUUUCAGAGACAUGUGCAACAGACUGGCUGGGUGGCAGCCUCUCAAAGGAUGGCCUCUGGAGCUCAUCUGUGAAAAAGCCAUCGCCACCUGUAACCGGCCGCUGGGUCCAGGUGAAGCCCUGCGUCGGGUCAUGGAGUGCAUCGCCUCAGGGAUCCUGCUGCCAGGAGGGCCAGGAGUUCACGACCCCUGUGAGAGGGAACCCACAGACGUCCUGUCUGACCUCAGCGCCCAGCAGGCGGACGCCAUCACACACAGCGCACAGCAUGCGUUACGCCUCCUAGCCUUUGGACAGCUUUACAAGGUCUUGAAUAUGGAUCCUCUUCCCGCCAGCAAGCCCUCACAGAGGCUGUUAGAAGGUGGCUGUCAGAAGAGGCUCCGGGAGGACACCGGGUCAGACGACAGAGACUUCAUCAAAAGAAUGAAAGUGCUGGACUGGAGAAUGACGGAUCCAAACCAUCCCAUGAACGCUCUGAUGCGUCUGAACCAGAUCCACCCGGGCCUCCAGUACCGCCUGCUGUCCCAGUCUGGCCCUGUGCACGCUCCGGUCUUCACCAUGUCUGUGGAGAUCCAGGGAACCACCUACCAGGCCACCGGGAACUCCAAGAGAACCGCCAAGCUCCAAGUGGCCCUCAAGGCGCUGCAGGCUCUGGGAUUUGUGCUCGGCGGGGACGGAGACAUCGACUCGCUGAGCGCGGAUGAGAAGUCAGAUGGCGAAGGCAAGAACGACAGGAUGUCCACCAGCUCCAGCUCCACCUCCAUCACCUCCUCCACAGACACACAGGAGUCCAGAGCUCCAGGUCCCAUCCUGACGGCAGGAGGUAAGAACCCAGUGAUGGAGCUGAAUGAGAAACGCCGCGGCCUCAAAUAUGAGCUGAUAUCAGAGAGCGGCAGCAGCUACGACAAACGCUUCAUCAUAGAGGUGGAGGUGGACAAGCAGGUGUUUCGGGGGACGGGUCCCAAUAAGAAAGUAGCCAAAGCCAGCGCAGCGCUCGCCGCCCUGAACAGCCUGUUCUCUGGCUCCAAAUCUACAAGCAACAAGAAGAAGAGACCCAACCCUCCUCCCAAACGGCCUGUUGCUUCAGUGCUGACGCUCCCGGCCCUCGCUGCCAGACCUCCACGUGUCCCCGUCAUCCCCAGAGCACCCUACAUCAGCACCCCACCCACACAUGGAUACAUCCCCCCAGGUUUCGGUGCUCCUUAUGGUUACAGCCCUGCAGGUGCCCUCCCUCCCUACGGUUUUCCCUCCAGAAUGCCCUCAGUAGUUGUCCCAGUCAUCAGAGUCCCCACAGCAUACCCCGUCACCCACCUCUACCCCUAUUAGGAAUCUCACCUCUCCUCACCUCACCCACUUCACAGGAAGUCACUUCCUGAAGUUACAGACGGGUGGCAAAUUAAAGGAAAACCUUAAUAACUGAGUCUGGUCAGGAUGACAGUGCCCCAUCUGUAGGGCAUGAGGGGUCACUGAAUGGUUUAAUGAGGAUGAUAAUAAUUUGAAUCAUAUGCCAUGGCCUCAGCCGUCACCAGAUCUCAACAGCAUUGAACACCUGUGGGAGAUUUUGGGCUGACGUAUAGACAUUGCUCUCAACCACCAUCAUCAAAACACCAAAUUAAAGACCAUUGAGCAGUGAAGCUGUGAUGGAGGCACAAGGUGGCCCACCACCUUACUCAGAUUCUUUACAAUGGUUUGACCUUCAGUUCGUCACCCGUCUUAUAUCCUGACUUUUACUGUGUUCAUGACACAAGCCUCAAAAACCAACACUGGAAUCCACAAACUGUUGACCAGUAUACCCAGUAUAUCAGUACCAUUGUUGUAUGGCAUGUUCCCUCAUUAGCAAGCGGCUACAUUAAAUUGGCCAUUAGAAAGUCUUGUGGCAGUUUGACAACAAAGCUCUUUGAUCAUCAAACCAUUCUGCAGUGUGUUAAAGGCUGGUGAGGUAAAUAUUACGCAGUAACACAUAUAAAGCUAAACUCCUGCUGUAGGCUACUCAACAAACUUUCACUGUAAACUAAAUGAAAUUCUACUUUAUAGUCUCUGUAUGGACCUUAAAAAAAUCCAUCAUACACUAAUAAUUAUAUCCUGUCUCUCUGAGAGAGAACUUAUCAACAUCCACUGUAGUAAACGAAGCAAACUAAAUAUACAGUCACUGUAGGGAACCCUAAAUAAAUAAACAAACAAAGGAACACAACAGCCUCUGUUAGCAGGUAAAGGAACAGUUCUCUAUUGUGGCUGUUUUUUAAGUUCCCAUUGUUCUCAACAUGAUGUUAAGUUCCCUAAACAAAAGCUACUUAGUAAGUAAUGUUGGCAAAUGAUUUAAUAUCCACUUUACUGCUACUUCUAACCACCCAGUGCAUAAAACUAAAUUAAUUCCCAUUGUAAAAGUAAACAACUACUAAAUAUCCAUGUAGAACCCUUGAGAAAUAUCCAAAGAGAAUAAAACAGUCUCUGUUGGGAACUAAAGGAACAGUUCCCUACUGUGGCUGUUUUUGGUUCCCAUAGUUCUCAACAUAGUGUUAAGCUCCUUUAACAAAAUAUUUACACAUAUUAAAUUAUUAAAAAAUGUUGGCAAAUGAAUUAAUAUCCACUUUACUGCUAUUACUAAGUAUCCAGCCCAGGAAACUAAAUUAAUAUCCACUGUAAGUAGAAAAAAAGUUAUAUGUAGGGAACUAAAGAAAUGACCAGAAUCCUCUGUCCAGGUGUGUUUAAUUAACAUCCAUCAUAGCAAACCAAAUGAACAGCCACUAUAGGGAACUAAAGUAACACCAACUGCAACAACAAAAUACCCGGCACACGGAACUAAAAUAUCCAUUGUAAGGAUCUAAAAAUAUUUUGUUGGGAAUUUAAGCUACACAUACCGUACACAGACUACAACCUGUAAACUAAGGGAACUAAGUAAACAAACUGUAAGGUACUAAAGAAAUUACUUGCCAUAUUGGUCAACUAUAAAUAUCAACAUCAGUAAACUUAACAGACACUGUAGGGAACAAAAACAGCUACCAUACUAGUGAACUAAACAUCCACUGUAUGGGAACUAACUCAACAACCACCAUAGAAAAUUCAAAUCAGUCACCAUAGGGAACUUAAAAAACACAUGUACUGACUAGUAAAUAUCCAGUGUAGGGAGUUUAAGAAAUAUCAGCUGUAGGGAACUAAAAUUUCCAUUGUAAGAAACUGAAAAUAUUUUGUUGGAAACUUAAGAUCCACAUACCAAACAGACUACUAAAUGUAAACCAGGGAACUAAAUAAACAUAUUGUAAAGAAGCUAAAGAUGUUCUGUAGGGAACUAAAGAAAUUACUCACCAUAUUGGCCUACUAUUAAAUAUAAACAAUAUGAAACUAAACAGACACUGUAGGGAACAAUAACAACUACUGCACUAGUGAAUUAAACACCUACUGUAUGGGAACUAACUCAACAACCUCUGUAGAAAAAAAACGAUCAGUCACCAUAGGGAACUUAAAAAAAAAAAACACAUGUUCUGACUACUAAAUAUCCAGUAUAGAGAGCUUAAUAAAUAUCAGCUGUAGGGAACUAAUGAAACAGACACUGUAGGGAACCAAGUAACCAUACCUACACAGACAGAAAACAGACUACAAAAUGUUAAUUGAUCAGAGAGCUUCUUUGUCAAAAUAUUAAUUAUUCCUUUAACUAUCACUCAUGUAUGUGAACGUUGUUUUAUAUUUUCAUUUCUCUGUUUUCUAAUGAUGUUUUAAGUUUCUGUGGAGAUUUUUAAAAAACAGGUUUACAAUAAUCGGUUUGCACUGAGAAACCUUUUCCUUUUGUUUGGAUGUUCAAAGUCCGAGUUUACAGUUAUUGCUGUUGAGUAUUUGAGCUGUUGAGCCAUUUUGUGUUGAGUGAAACUACUUUCUUUUCAGGGAGAGAUUUUAUUUUGACCUGUUUGUAGGUUAUACUCUGUUUAAAUAAAUUAAU